AUGGAUUUGAGCACGGGUCUCAAAUUCGAUUGGGCAACACCUGAAACUAUAGCCAGUAUGGUUUCUGGAAUCAGGUCGGCCUAUUUCGUGUUUUACGGAUUGGUUGCUCUGUUGGCCUUUGUCCUUUUGCCAUUUGCAUACUUUUACUAUGAGGAAUGGGAAGAGGAAGACAGUACUUUCGCAAAGAGAGGACUUGGAGCCCUUAAAUACACUUCAUUCACCAUCGUCCUGUUUUUCGUCUUGCUGAUGACCGGACUAUUGCUAAAGUCACGUACAACUGACGAGCGGACAGAUAUUGAUUGGUUUAAGAAACUGCUGACUGCAUCAGGUGCUGAAAAGGCACUGAUGUUCGUCAUGGCUGCUCUAAUCCUUCUCGGUAUGCUGAUUUACAUAUCCUACACUGCCUAUGGUUUGGCCGCUCUCCCAUUCAGCUAUCUCAAAGGAACUCAAACCGCCGAUACACAAAAGGGCAACAUUGAAGGCCGAUUGAGUGAAAUACGGGAACAGAUCCGUGCCAUCAAUGGUCGAUACAUCAAUACCAAUCGUAAAAUUACUAAGAGAGACACCAAGUUACUGUCCGACCUGAAUUUGCAAGAGAGACAAUUGACUCGACGUAUCAGGAGGGUUGAGACUGAGUCGCAGACUUUCUGGUAUCGAUUUGCAUCAUUCUUUAGACCAUUGGAGGUUAUCAUUGGAAUCGUCUUGCUCUUGUUGACUGGGCUACUUAUGGUAUCGCUACUACUUGCUAGUAUCGACAAGGUUGCCAACAGCAUUUGUGGCUCUGACUGUGGAUUUGUGCUCAAGAACCCUCAAAUAUACAAUCCACUCAACGGAAUCUUGGUUGCUACAUCACCGUACUUUCCAGUUGAUUAUAUUCUUUUUAUCGCUGUCAUGUCAUACUUCCUCUUCUCGACACUUUUUGGAGUUAUGAAGAUCGGUAUCCGAAUGCUCUGGGUCCAUCUGUAUGAUAUAAAGCUAGGAGAAACGGCUCCACAGGGACUUCUAUUGACUACAUUACUCUUGAUGUUGAGUGUCUUGCCAUUGAACUACUUCACUCUGGUAGUUGCUCCUGGAUACGCAAGCUUUGGAUCACAAAAGUUUUGUAAUGCAACAAUCACAUGUCUAAACAACCCCGAACUGAUUGUCCCAUGCUCCAUCGACUCCCCAUCUGAACUAUGCACUCCCACCGUCGUAUCUACUCUACUGGGUCUCAUCACAUACUCAAAUCCCUUCUUUGGAACCGUCUACUACAUCGCGCAAUGGGUCUUUUUAGUGAUGGUUGUAUUCUCGUUCUUUAUUGCAGGAUUUAGAUCAGCGCCACCACCAGCUAGAUUAAACGCUGAAGAUGACGAUGAUACAUUGUCUCCUACUGAUGAGAGGAGACCAUUGAUUGAUGAUGAAGAACGAAGACCUUACAGUGCAGUAGCUAGAGCAGGUGCAAAUGGUGGUACUAGUCACGCAUCUACUGGUGGAUACAGAGGGUAA